AUUAUAAACCAGAUCACCUUAAAUAGACAAUAAAUCACCAAACUCCAAAGUCUGACUUUGUUGAACAUUGUGUGUCUCUUAUCAAGAUAUUGAUAUGUAGACACCGCUCUUCGACUUUCACAGAACAUCUGAUCUCAUUAAACUCUGAGCUAAUACUUUAUGGUUGGAAAAUAAAUCAUACAAAUGUCCUCAUGCAAAUAGCUGCACCUUAAAUCAACAACCGUGCAAAGAUGCAAAAUACCAACAAGGACGUAUCUCGUCGCGCCCCAUUACCUCAUCUCAAUCUCAUCCUUCUCUCAGUCAUCAUCCUUGCAUCCGCCAUCCUAUAAUACCAGGAGGUACAGAGAUAUAACCUAACAAUCGCUACCUAUAUUGGUCAGACCUGAGGCAGUAUGUCUAUGGAUGUGGGUACGCUUUGGGGCUGGCUCCUGCUCCUCUUGACUGCGGUGGGAUCUGGAGCUGAGUUCCAGAGAAAUAUGCUGAAACUUCAGGGGGACUAUUACCUCGCUGGCUUCUUUCCGCUCCACGACAAUAUCCGGACCAAAAGGGAAAGGCCCAUCUUGGAAGACUGCAAACUAGGAACAGAAAACAAGCAUGGCUACCACCUCGCCCAAGCCCUGAGGUUCGCUGUGGAGGAGAUUAACAACCGAACAGGGCCGUACCCCAACCUUCUCCCAGGGGUACGGCUCGGCUACCACCUCUACGACACCUGCGCCAUCCAGGCUGGCGUCUUGGCCAGCGUGAAUGUGAUGCAGGACCAGGAGGAGAUAUUGAGGCCGCUACCAGGCUCCAGUCCGCCCGACGACAGCCCCAUGGUCGUCAUCGGGCCGGACAGCAGCAGCAGGACCAUGCCCACUGCCGUGCUUUUGGGGGCCUAUCUUGUGCCUCAGAUCUCCUACGAAGCAUCCAACGAAAUGCUGAGCAACAAGGCGGUCUACCCGUCGUUCUUCCGCACCAUUCCCAGCGACACGAUCCAGGUAUCUGCUAUGAUACAGGUCCUGAAGCGCUACAGGUGGACCUGGAUCGCCCUCCUGGGCAGCGACAACGCCUACGGGCUGCAGGGAAUGCAGAGCCUGUCCCAACAGUCCGCCUACCACGACAUCUGCAUCGCCUACCAAUCCGUGCUACCCCGACGCACGGCUGCCAACACCCAGAUGCUGAGGAACAUGGUGGAUGCCAUCCUGAGGACCAACGUCAAAACCAUCGUCCUGUUCUCCAGCAAGUCCCGACUCCAGGGCUUCUUCCCGUUGGUGGUGGAGCGCAACGUGACGGGGAAAAUCUGGCUGGGCAGUGAGGACUGGAUCGCCUCCGCCCUCAUCGCGGACAUCCCUGGUAUCAGGACCCUCGGCACCUUCCUGGGAAUGUCGGUCAAGUUCAAGGUUAUUCCUGGUUUUGGGGGUUUCGAGAGGAAAAUGCAGGAGAUGUCGAGGCAUAUCGACCGCAGUGAAUUCUCCAAGCUUCCGCUCGGCCCUCUGGGCGAGUGCCUUCAGACCUCCGACGGGUACGUCCUGGCGGCCAGUGAUCACCCGAUGGACUCCUACGACUUUGCGUCCUCCUUCAACGUGUACAGGGCGGUGUAUGCGGUGGCUCAUGCGCUGCACAAAAUGCUAGGGUGCGACGUCGGAGUGUGCCAAGCGAUGACCAUUAACCCCUGGCAGCUCCUGCCACUGCUUAAGAAGGUCAGGUUCAGCGUGGGCAACUCAUCCAUGUACUUUGAUGAGAACGGAGACCCGCCCACAGGAUAUGACAUUGUGGCCUGGCAGUGGAGAGGAAACUGUGAUUUCGGCCAUCGAAGACUGCAGACUGGACAACACAAGUGCUGCUUCGACUGCCUGGCCUGUCCCGCUGCUACAUUCCUCAACAAAUCCGGAGCCUCCAGUUGCCAGCCCUGCCCUGAAAAGGAGUGGGCGCCCCCGAAGAGCGAGAAGUGUCUGCAAAGGACCCUGCUGUUCCUGGCCUGGGACGCCCCCCUCUCCGUCGCCCUGCUCCUCCUGCUGGCCGCCACUCUGCUGCUGACCACGGGCUCGGCCGUCAUCCUGCUGCUCCACCUCGACACCCCGGUGGUCAAGUCGGCGGGCGGCCGCACCUGCAUCGUGAUGCUGGUGUCGCUGACGGCGGCGGCGGCCAGCGCCCUGUGCCACUUCGGCCUCCCCACCCGGCCGGGCUGCCUCCUCAAGCAGCCUCUGUUCGUGGUCAGCUUCGCCGUGUGCCUGGCCUGCGUCACGGUCCGCGCCUUCCAGGUCGUCUGCAUCUUCAAGUUCGCGUCGCGGCUGCCCAUGCUGUACGACCGCUGGGCCAAGAACCACGGGCCCGAGUACACCAUCCUGGCGGUGUCGGCCGCCGUGCUGUGCGUCUCGGUACUGCGCGUGGCGGCGGACCCGCCCGAGCCCUCGGCCGACCUGCGCUUCUACCCCGACAGCAUCGUGCUGGAGUGCAGCCACACGCUCUCGCCGGGCUCCUGGGUGGAGCUGGCGUGCGCCUCGCUGCUCAGCGGCCUGUGCUUCACCCUCAGCUACAUGGGCAAGGACCUGCCGGCCAACUACAACGAGGCCAAGUGCGUGGCCUUCAGCCUGGUGGUGUACAUGAUCAGCUGGAUCUGCUACUUCACACUCUACCUCAUCAGCCGGGACGCCUUCACCAUGGCGGUCAACGUCUUCGCCAUACUGUCCAGCGUGCUGGGCGUCUUCGGCGGCUACUUUCUGCCCAAGGUGUACAUCAUCAUAUUCAGACCACAGAUGAACACCUCGGCCCAUUUCCAGAACUGCAUCCAGAUGUACACCAUGAAUAAGCAAUGAUUAGAGUGUGUUUCAAAAGUGCUAAACCCCCCAAUCUACAGCUAUAGUGAUCCCAAACAACUUUAACA